AGCUCAGAGAGGAGGAAGGAGAAAUCCCGGGAUGCCGCCAGGUGCCGGCGAAGUAAGGAGACAGAGGUCUUCUAUGAGCUCGCCCACGAGCUGCCCCUGCCUCACAGCGUGAGCUCCCACCUGGACAAGGCCUCCAUCAUGCGGCUGGCCAUCAGCUUUCUGCGAACACACAAGCUCCUGUCCUCAGUUUGCUCUGAAAAUGAGUCUGAAGCUGAGGCUGACCAGCAGAUGGACAACUUGUACCUGAAAGCUUUGGAGGGUUUCAUUGCUGUGGUGACUCAGGACGGUGAUAUGAUCUUUCUGUCAGAAAAUAUCAGCAAGUUCAUGGGGCUCACACAGGUGGAGCUAACAGGACACAGUAUCUUUGACUUCACUCACCCAUGUGAUCAUGAGGAGAUCCGGGAGAAUCUGAGUCUCAAAAAUGGCUCUGGUUUUGGGAAGAAGAGUAAAGAUAUGUCCACCGAGAGAGACUUCUUCAUGAGGAUGAAGUGCACAGUCACCAAUAGAGGCCGAACUGUCAACCUCAAGUCAGCCACCUGGAAGGUCUUGCACUGCACUGGCCAGAUGAAGAUCUACAACAACUGCCCCCCGCAUGGCAGUCUCUGCGGCUACAAGGAGCCCCUGCUCUCCUGCCUUGUCAUCAUGUGUGAACCAAUCCAGCACCCGUCACACAUGGACAUCCCCCUGGACAGCAAGACCUUUCUCAGCCGCCACAGCAUGGACAUGAAGUUCACCUACUGUGAUGACAGAAUCACAGAAUUGAUUGGUUACCACCCUGAGGAGCUGCUCGGCCGCUCGGCCUAUGAGUUCUACCAUGCGCUAGAUUCAGAAAACAUGACCAAAAGUCACCAGAACUUAUGCACCAAGGGUCAAGUGGUAACGAGCCAGUACCGGAUGCUCGCAAAGCAUGGGGGCUAUGUGUGGCUGGAGACCCAGGGGACGGUCAUUUACAACCCUCGAAACCUGCAGCCUCAGUGCAUCAUGUGUGUCAACUACGUGCUGAGUGAGAUUGAGAAGAACGAUGUGGUGUUCUCCAUGGACCAGACUGAAUCCCUGUUCAAGCCCCACAUGAUGGCGGUUAAUGGCCUCUUUGACAGCAAUGGAGAGAUGCCUGUGUCCGAAAAGAGCAACUUCCUGUUCAGCAAGCUGAAGGAGGAGCCCGAGGAGCUGGCCCAGCUGGCCCCUACUGCAGGCGACGCCAUCAUUUCUCUAGAUUUCGGGAACCAGAACUUUGAGGAGUCCUCCUCCUAUGGCAAGGCCAUCCUGCCCCCAAGCCAGCCCUGGACUGAGGAUCUGGGGAGUCGCAGCACCCUGAGUGAGUCAGGGAGCCUGCCUGCUUUCUCUGUGCCCCAGGCGGCAUCUCUGGGCAGCUCCACUCCCAGCGCGACCAGCAGCAGCAGCAGCUCCACACCCAGCAGCCCUGGAGACUAUUACACAUCUCUAGAUGAUGAUCUGAAGAUUGGAGUGAUCGAGAAGCUCUUUGCCAUGGACACGGAGGCCAAGGACCAGUGCAACACCCAGACUGACUUCAAUGAGCUGGACUUGGAAACUCUGGCUCCCUACAUCCCCAUGGAUGGGGAAGACUUCCAGCUAAGCCCCAUCUGCCCGGAAGAGCAGCUUCUGCCAGAGAACUCCCAGUCCAACUCGCAGCACUGCUUCAGCACCAUGACAAGCAUCUUCCAGCCCCUGGCCCCGAUGACCUCACACAGCCCCUUCCUGCUGGACAAGUACCAGCAGCAGCAGCUGGAAGGCAAGAAGACGGAGCCUGAGCACCAGCCCAUGUCCUCUAUCUUCUUUGGUGGUGGGAGCAAAGCAUCUCUGCCACCGUGCUGUGGCCAGGCCAGCACCCCUCUCUCCUCUAUGGGGGGCAGAUCCAAUACACAAUGGCCCCCUGACCCACCAUUACACUUUGGACCCACAAAGUGGCCCUCUGGAGAUCAACACACAGAAUCUGUGGGAACAUCAUCGAUGGGGCCCUCUGUCACCUCACCCCAUCUCUCCAUGUUCAAGAAGAGGUCUGCCAAGGGGUUCAGGCUUCGGGGUCCAGAUGUGAUGAGCCCUGCCAUGCUAGCCCUGUCCAAUAAGCUGAAGCUGAAGCGGCAGCUGGAAUAUGAGGAGCAAGCUUUUCGAGACAUGAACAUGGGGGACCCACCUGACAGCAGCACUUCGCAUGUGAUGUGGAAACGGAUGAAGAGUGCCAGGGAUGGCGGGACUUGCUCCUUCAUGUCAGGCAAACCGCUGAGUGCAAACGUCCCCAGUGAUGAGUUUGCCCAAAACCCCAUGAGGGGCAUGAGUCAGCCCUUGAGACACCUGCCUCCAUCACAGCCACAGUCAGCCCUGAGCCCUGGGAAUAACACCAAAAGUGGGUUUCCCCCACAGUGUUAUGCCUCUCCAUAUCAGGACUACAGCCUGCCACCGGCUCAAAAGGUGUCAGUCAUGGCCAGCCGCCUGCUUGGGCCUUCAGUGGAGCCCUACCUGCUGCCCGAAUUGACCAGAUACGACUGUGAGGUGAACGUUCCUGUGCCCGGAAGCUCCACGCUCCUGCAAGGGAGGGACCUGCUCAGGGCCUUGGACCAGUCCACCUGAGCCAGGGCCCCUGGGCAGGCCCCCACCACGCCGCCCACCAGCUUCAC